AUGACGCUCUCCAUUCUUUUCGUGUACCUGCUGGCAGUGUUCACGUCGUUGGCUGCUGGAAAGCCAAUUCUGAUGCCCCGGCUGGCCCAGGAUGCAUCAAAGCCCUCUUUUGACGUGACUCUCGAGUCCCUUGGAGACAGCACUGUUCACGCAGCGGUCACCAACACCGGCAGCCAGGCUGUUCGCCUUGUCCGCCGAGGCGGCAUUCUCGACCACAUUCCUACGAACAAGGUCAGAGUUUAUCACGGUGACUCCGAGGCAGCUUUCAAGGGAGCCCAGGUCAAAUAUAUCCGCUCGCACCUCAACGACGAUGCCUUCGUCCAGCUUGCACCUAACGAGACCGUUACCUCUGUCUUCGACGUUGCCGACUCUCACGAUCUCUCUGACGGAGACCACACUGCUAUCUCCAAUGGCGCUCUUGAAUACACUACCCUGACCGACAAGGAGAAGUUCAAUACCUUCCACUACCGCUCAAACAAGAUCUCCUUCGCCGCGUCAGACAAUGCCAACCGCCUCCAGGCUCGCAGCACCAUCGACUGCUCCAACGAGGAAUACAACUCGGCCGUCAAGGCCGCCAUAUCCCGCGCAGGCGAGAUGGCCACAGCCGGUGCCGCCGACGCUCGCAAGGGCGCCAGCGCCAACUUCAAGAAGUUCUUCUUCACCGAGUCCCAGGACGCCCUCGACGAGGUCGCCGGCCGUCUUGAAGCCAUCGCCUCCGAAGCAACCAGCACCGGAACGAUGGCCUACUAUUGUGCCCCCCGGAGCCAGGAUGACUGCACUGGCAACAUUGCUGCCAUGACCUACCCCUCCGAUAACAUCGUCGUCAAUUGUGACUUGUACUACGAAACUGAAGCUUCAUCCGACACCUGUGGAUACCUCGACCAGGGCGGGAUUGCGCUCCACGAGUUCACUCACGCCACUGGCAUCUACAGCCCCGGUACUGAGGAUAUCGCCUACGGCUACGAGCAGGUCCAGAGCCUUGACACCAACAGUGCGCUGAACAACGCGGACUCGUAUGCUUACUACGGUGCUGCCAUCUACCUCCAGUGCGCUGCCGAUGACUCUACCCCCUCCGGCACCCCAAUCAGCGGCGGAGGCAGCUCAACCGUUCCAGUUGCGCCAACGGCUUCCCCGACCUACCCGCCUUCCCCAAGCACUGGCUUUGGAAACGGCGGUGGCUGGCCUUGGGGUCAGGACGGUGGCUAUGACAGCGGCUAUGACAGCGGCUACGACGGGCUCAACAGGAAUGCCGGUUCAGGCAGCACUCCAACCGGAGGUUCUGGCGGUGGCUUCGGUGGCCUCUUCCCCAGUGGCUUCCCUGGUGCUGGCUCUGACGCUGGCUCUGGUUCUGGCUUUGGCUCUGGUGGUAGUGGGCUCGGUGGUCUCUUCCCCAGUGGUAUUCCUGGUGCUGGUUCUGGCUCAGGCUCCGAGUCUGGCUCUGGCUCUGGCGGUGGCUUCGGCGGCCUUCCCAUUCCAAGCGGUAUCCCAGGUGCUGGCUCUGGAUCUGGCUCUGAAGAUAGCGACGGUUGGUUCGGCGAAAUUCCCAGCGCUACUGGCGCCCCUCAAUCUGGAAGCAGUGGGUUCGGUGACCUUCCCAUCCCCAGUGGCAUUCCUGGCGCUGGCUCUGGUGGCAGUGGUGGUGGCUUCGGCGACCUCCCUACCCCGAGUGGUUUCCCGGGAUCUGGCUCUGGUGGCAGUGAUGGCUUCGGCGGUCUUCCUAUUCCAAGUGGUAUCCCUGGCUCUGGAUCUGGCUCUGAUGGUGGUGGCUCUGGCGGUGGCCUCGGCGGUCUCCCUAUCCCCAGUGGUAUUCCUGGCACUGGCUCUGGCUCUGGCUCUGGCAGUGGCGGCGGUCGGUUCGCUGAAAUCCCCAGCGCUACUGGUCCCACUGGACCUGGCUCUAGCGGUGGUGGAGCAUUCGGCGGCCUCCCUAUCCCCAGUGGCAUUCCAGGUGCUGGCUCUGGAUCUGGUGGCAGUGGUAGUGGUGGUGGCUUCGGUGACCUCCCUACCCCCAGUGGUUUCCCUGGAUCUGGGUCUGGCGCUGGGUCUGGCUCUGGCGGUGGGUUUGGCGGCUUCCCUAUCCCUAGUGGUAUCCCUGGUGCUGGCUCUGGAUCUGGAUCUGGCGGUGGCUUCGGCGGUCUUCCCAUCCCCAGUGGGUUCCCUGGCUCAGGCUCAGGCUCUGAGUCUGGCUCUGGAGGCAGUGGGUUCACCCGGUGA